AUGGCUACUGUCAAUGUGACAGAAUUCAUCUUGCUGGGUCUGACACAGAAGCCAGAACUGCAGAAACUCUUAUUUGCAGUGUUUUUAGUCACCUACUUGAUCACAUUGGCAGGUAACCUGUUCAUCUCGGUCACCAUCUUCAUCAGCCCAGCCCUGGGGUCUCCUAUGUACUUUUUUCUGUCCUCUUUGUCCAUUGUAGAUGGUUUCUACUCUUCUUCCAUAGCACCCAAAAUGAUCUUUGAUUUGAUCUCUGAAAAGAACACCAUAUCCUUCAAUGGCUGCAUGACUCAGCUCUUUGCUGAACAUUUCUUUGCUGGAACUGAGAUCAUCUUGUUAAUUAUCAUGGCCUAUGACCGCUACGUAGCCAUCUGCAAGCCCUUGCACUAUAUGACCAUCAUGAGCAAACCUGUGUGUGGUUUCCUGGUGGGAAUGGCUGGGGUUUUAGGGUUUCUUCACGGGGGGAUGCAGAUUUUGUUCCUGGUCCGGUUGCCAUUCUGUGGCCCCAAUGUCAUUGACCAUUUUAUGUGUGAUUUAAUUCCCGUCCUGGAGCUGGCCUGCACAGACACUCACACUUUGGGGCCCCUGAUUGCUGCCAACAGUGGGUCACUGUGUUUGCUCAUUUUUUCUAUGCUGGUUGUUUCCUAUGUCAUCAUACUGCACUCUCUGAGGAUUCAUAGCUCUGAAGGGCGUCGCAAAGCCCUGUCUACAUGUGCCUCUCAUGUAACUGUUGUCAUCUUAUUCUUUGCACCUUGCUCAUUCCUGUACCUAAGACCCAUGACCUCCUUCCCCACUGACAAAGCUGUGACUGUGUUUUGCACCAUAGUAACUCCUAUGUUGAACCCUUUGAUUUAUACCCUCAGAAAUACAGAAGUGAAAAAUGUCAUGAAGAAACUCUGGAGGCAAACAAUAAAAACUGGAGAUAAAUAA